AUGUCUUAUAAUAAUGGGACUUUGACCUAUGAGGGCCUGCACAAGUUACUGGGAAGUUUAGGUCUGGGGAAGGCCAUCUUUAGCCAACGUAGUGAACAUCAUGAUGCUGUGUUAAAAUGUCUGUCUGUCUGUCCUAUAGGAGGAGUUUACCUUCUCUUUGUGUUUGAGAGUCUUCUGGGAAUUAAGCAACAUUUUAAGAGUUUAAAGAAAGGGAGUCAUGAUGCAGAGUCUGGAAGGGAGCUGGAUAAACUGCAGGGUUCCUCAUCACUCAAUCAGAAUGAGAGUUCAGAGUCUGGGCACAGGCAUUCUCAUGUGCAGCCUGGUUCAGAGAAGACUGGAAUCGGAAGCAUGGAUGCAUCGAUGGUGGUCAUGGGAGAUCGAAUACAUAAUCUUACAGAUCUAGCUAUAGGUGAUGCAUUUUCUCAGCGUCUGACAGGUGGACUAUGCACAACAACCGCUGUCUUCUGCCAUGAGUGUCCUCAUGAAUUAGGCGAUUUGGCAUUGCUGUUGGCUGCAGUCUGGCCUAUAUGCAGGCUGGCUGUUUUUAGCCCUCUGUCUGCUCUGCUGGCCUUUGUGGGUGUGUUAACUGGCACAGCACUGGGGAGCCAGCGGGGCAUACUCACCGUAACUGCUGGGGUUUUCCUCUAUGUUGCUCUUGCUGACAUGAUGCCUGAAAUGCUGCAUAGAGAUGGUGGAUCUCUGAGCCCUUUGAAGUGCUUCCUCCUGCAGAGUCUGGGCCUGCUGAUAGGGGGCGCCAUCAUGCUUUAUAUCACCCUUUUUGAGGACCACAUUGCUGUUAACUUGGGAGAUGGCUGAAGAUAUAAAGACGGUACAAAUGGAAUAGCAUUCUUAAGAUGUCA